CAAGUAUUUAUGGCGGAGUCAAGUGGCAUUAAGUAAACAGUUUGAAAAUGGAAAUGUCGGUGGUGUCCAGGCGGGAAAGCCAGGGAUCCUCGGGAUCCUGGGUAUUUCUGUUCAAGUGUUUUGCCAAAAGUCUGCGGCAGUUUCUUAACGAGACCGGUUUGCAUGGCCUGAAAUUUGUGGGAGAUCCUAAUCUCAGCAGUUGGGAGAGAUUUUUCUUCUUUGGCUCUUUUGUCACAGCCCUUGUCAUAACCAUCCAUCUCAUUUCAAACAUCUAUGUCAAGUGGGACAGCACUCCGGUGAUAAUUGGCAUCAGUCCCCAUGCCACCUCCAUAUUAAAGGUUCCCUUUCCGGCCAUCACCAUCUGCAACAUGAAUCAAGUGCAAAAGAGCCGGGUGUCUAAUUACACCGAGGACUCCAGCGAGAGUGCUCUUUUGAAGCUACUGUGCGACUCGGAUAACUUGGAUGAGGAACUGCGCAACGCCCACCUGGCCGGGAACACCUUGAAGAUAUCCGACUUUGUGGCUGAUCACUCACAGAUAUGUGAGAGAAUGCUGCUCUUCUGCAGGUUCAGUGCCAUUGAGAGGAACUGCUCGCAUCUGUUCCAGCAGGUCCUCACGGAUGAGGGUCUGUGUUGCGUCUUUAACUUUCAGGCACCUGAAUUUCUAUACAAGCCUUUCUCCAAUAGUGGAAGAAAUCUGACAACCGAAAGUGGCUUCGAGAGUGUCAAAUGGGAUCCGGAGAUGGGUUAUCCGGAGAAAUUGCCUCCCAAAUAUUAUCCUGCCACAUCAAGUGGAACAGGCAUUACUUUGGGCUUUACUGCUGUUCUGGAUGCUGAAAUGAGCGAGUAUUUUUGCUCUUCGACUAAUGGACCGGGCUUUAAGGUCUUCUUCCACAAUCCCGUGGAGGUUCCUGCUGUUCGGGAAGCGGGCCUAAUUACAGCCAUUGGAUAUGAAACCAAUUACCGCAUCGAGAUGGUUCGUUCCGAGGCAGUUCCCGCCAUUCGUUCGAUAUCCCGCGAUGGUAGGCAGUGCCUGUUCCAAAACGAGAAGGAGCUAAUCUUCUACAGCAUCUACACACGUCUCAACUGUGAGAACGAGUGUCUGGCUGCUUAUCUUUACGACAACUGUGCCUGCAUUCCAUAUGAUUAUCCGCAAAUCUAUAGCAAUGCCACCACCUGCACCAUGGGGGACACCCUUUGUGUGCGACGGGCCCAAAGGGCAGCCCUUCGGCCGGGAGAGGUCACGUGCCGGAGUCAAUGUCUGCCCAGCUGCUUCGAUCUGAACUAUUUGGCCAGCGGCUUUGCCUUUCCGCUGGCCACCAGCGAUUUUCAACUGGCCAACGGUCUGGUGGAGGCCAUCAACAAGUCGUAUCUCAGCGAGAAUAUAGCGGUGAUCAAUGUGUAUUUUCGGGAAUCUGUUUACUAUGGCAAUAUGAAGAAUGCCUAUGUGGGUUUGACGGAGUUUCUGUCUAAUGUCGGUGGUGUUAUGGGUCUCUUCAUGGGUUUCAGUGUCAUCUCAUUGGCUGAGAUUUUAUACUUUUUAAUACUCAAACCCCUCUCAGAGCUGUUUGUUUGGAAAAGGUCCCCUCAAGUGGAUCCCGAUAAAAGCCUUAAACAUAAUGCAUUUGGCAUAGAACAACCUGAUACCUUGGAUAAUCCAACUUUCUGGCAUCCACAGGAACUGUACCCCAAGGGAGUUACAUUGAAAACCACCGAAAGGGUCAAAGGGAUGAAAAGAAAUAAAAAUAUAACAAAUGCCUUUGUUCAGUGA